AUGGAAGGCCGGUGUCAAUGUGGACUAAUCCGCUUCACCACGCCGACGCCCAAGCCAAAGGCCAUCUACGUCUGCCACUGCACAGAAUGCCGACAUCAGUCGUCGUCGACGCACGGCAUGACGGCCGUGUUUCCCUGGUUUAAACUUGAGCCGCCGUACCCCGGCGCCAUCGGCGUCUACAGCCGGCCGAACCCGCAUGGGCGGACGGACGGGUACUUCUGCACCAAAUGCGGGUCGCGACUGAUUCACUGCCCGGUCUCGCACACCGGGGAGCCGGCCAAGCUGCUCAGCGUCAAGUCGGGCUGCUUGGACGGCAUGACCAAGGAGAUGCUGCGGUCGGCCGUGCAUAUCUGGACCAAGUCGGCCGUCGUCGAUAUCCCGGACGGGGUGGAGCAGUAUGAGGAAGAACCACCGGGCGGGGAUUGGAGUUUCGACGAGGAGUGA